GUCAUACCACGACCAUUUUGAAUUUAAAAACUCAUCAAAAACCGGAAGAGAAAUUGUCUAAUUUGCAUUUACUUCGCCAUGGGGGCGGUGCCAAAGUUAAAUGAAAUGCAAUUUUACUAAACAAAGGAACAAAGGAACAAAGGAAAAAGCAAAAAUUAAAGAAUUAUUUAUUUUACCUAGCGAGCUUGACGAAGCUCUUGAAGUUAUCGUCGUAGUUUCUCGAAAUGUCCGCCCUAAAUAAUUUUAUGUACGAUAUAAUUUUAUGUAUAUAUGGUAAUCUUCACUAAAAAUAACAACAAAACAGUCACCUUCAGGACGGGGAAAGCUUGGCUGCCGAGGCACUGGCCGAGGUCUGCUAACUCUCGAGCCUGUUUGCGAUGAUUGCCUUGGCGAAGGUGUACAAACAAAGGCACUGCAAAUGUAAUGAAAAGCUUUUGAAAUUAAAAUUUAUACAAGCCUGCACAUAAAGCGGGAAUUUACUUACUUUGGGUCUUGUGUUUCGUCAUCAUCAGAGACUGAAGAAAAAGGGUCGAGAUGAGAAGCGCGAUUCAUUUUUUACCGCAACCAAAUAUUUUUUCUGCUCUGCGUGAAACCCCAAAACAACUGAAAGGCCAAAACACUCGCGCAACGCAGAGACGAUCUCCAAAAACGAUCCAAUCCGACAUUUCCCUAAUAAGGAGGCAAAAGAUGAAAAUCAACCAAUAGGAAAAAAAUAAAGCAAAGUCAAAUUCAAAAAUAAUAACGAUAUUGAAUGCUCUCACGAAGGAGAGGCGUUGUUAUGUCUUACAGUUUUCAGAAAAAAUGAAGAGAAAAAGGGCGGCUGUAACUUUAUGUAUUGAUUGUGGCGUUGAUUUUGAGUCUUUUAGUGGUGCUCAGAGGCAUUUUUCAUCCCGAAAUCAUCUGCAACAGUUGCUGGCCAGACGAAACUUGCGCUCCGUGAGCGUUGAAGAUGAUGCGGACAAUGUGAGAAUCUCUGCCGAUGGGGAAGACGAAUUGAGGAGUUAUGUAGAAGAGGAACAGGCAGAACGAGAAGAAGAAGCGGAAGAUGAUGAAGAAGAAGCCGAAGAUGAUGAAGGAGAAGCGGAAGAUGAUGAUGAAGAUGAUGAUGAAGAAGAGGUUAACAACUCAGAUCUUGGUGAUUUACUUGAAGCGGUUGGAGGUGUGGAUGACGACAAUGGCCAGGACUUUUAUCCAUUUCCGGAUGAGAAGUUCUUCCUACUUUACUGCUACGCACACAGUAUAAUGAGACCAAAGUCAAGAUCAGACCUAGAAUUUCUGUGGAUGAUGUUGGCUCGUUUUGGAGUGCAGCUUCCAUCGCUAUCAUCUGUUUUAGCGUUUAAAUUACCAGGGCUUGAAAACUCUGUUGCAUUAAGAAAGAGCUACGGAAAAGGACACCCCUUUUACUGGUUACCACCUUCGGACAUCAUAAAACUACAGAUAGCGACACCAUCAGUUGCAAACAAGCUGAUGAGAUAUCCGGAGCACACAGAUCGCUUUAUCAAGGAAUUGUACCAAGGACAAAAAUGGCGCAUAGAAAAUCAAUUCCACACAACGUCAGCAACAAUUCACGAAAGCACUUUCUAUGUAAAAGAUACAGUUGUGUACGAGAUUAGGGAGACAAUAUCAUAUGGCAGAAUAAACGGUUUUUUUAUGAAGAAGAGUGAAGAUUCCUUGAAAUGUUACUGCGAAGUGACCAAGGCUAAUUUUAUACCAAAUAUGUAUUUGGCGAUAACGAAUGAACUAGAGGAGGUUCCGUUGGAGAAUAUUCGAUCAUUGGCUCCAUAUCACAUAUGUUUUAAGAAAAUCAACGGACAAAAUAUACAACUUACUGAUGAGGAAAUCAACGAAAUAGAAAGUCCUCAUCCGAGCAAAAUAGCGGCUGAUGGAAAUCCCACUCAGACUGUGCCACUCGUGAUCUUCUCCGACGAGACAAGUGGAAACAGGAGCAAAAAAUGGAACCAGUUGGAGACAUAUUCCAUGUUCCUUGCAGGCCUACCAAGAAAAGAAGUCACCAAGUUUAGUAACAUCCACUUUAUUUGUGCGUCUAACUUGGUAGACUCGAUAUCACUGGGAAAGGAAAUUGCAACAGAUUUAAAGGCUUUAGAACAAGGAAUGUUAAUGUACGACGCAUCUAAUGAUUGCCAAGUAUUCGUUCAGUGUCCAGUACUGAUCGUAGCCUGCGACAACCCAAGGGCUUCUGAAUUUGCACACCACAUGGGAAGCUCUGCUAAACAUUUCUGUCGGAUUUGCGAUGCAACAGCAGAAAUAGCAGCGGAAGUUGGCACUUUGAGAACAUCAGACGACAUAGAAAGAACAAUUGAAAGGAUAAGUAGAGCGAACACCGAAAAUGAGAAAACGGCCAUGCGAAAGGAAACAGGGACCACGGAGCGAGGAGGACAGUUGGAUAUGCUAUCGUGCUAUCAUUCCACCCAGCAGACACCCGUAGAAGUUCUGCAUACUAUCCUUCUUGGUCCCGUUAAAUACCUUGUCAGGAAAACGAUGAAGAGCUUACCUGCAGCUGAAAAGAAAAAGAUCAAGGCAAAGAUUGAAGCAUUCGACUUUUCGGCGUUUUCUAGACGUUUACCAAGCAGUUUUGUAAAGAACUAUGGUUCGUGUGUUGGCCGGGACUUCAAACUUUGGGCUCAGGUUUCAGUGUUUAUUCUUGAUGGGAUAAUCUCAGAUGAUCAACUUCAAGUUUGGUUCUAUCUUAGCAAUGCAUUUGCAAUGGCAUAUGGAUCAGAGGUUGAUUUGGACGACAACGAAAACAUUACCAAUCUCAUUCGCCAAAUGAUUGAUUGCUUGAGUGAAGUCCAUCCUGAGUUGCUACGAAAACAAAAGUUCCACAUGUUACUUCACUUACAAGAUGACAUGUUGAACUUUGGCCCUCCAGUUGGCUUCUGCACAGAAAGGUUUGAGUCAUUCAAUUCUAUCAUCAGACAGCUUAACAUCUAUUCAAACCGCCAUGCAAGCAGCAAGGAUAUCUGUGAGAAGUUUGCAAAACACCAUGUCCUCAAGUUCUUGAUCAAUGGAGGAUUUUGGGGGACUAACAACACAUUGACGGCAGGACAGGGGCUGGUCAAAGUUUCACAGCAACCAGUUUUUCAAAAAUUUAUGUACUCAGUUGAUGCCAAAUGCAGUCAAUCCCAAAAGGAAAUCUACCAACCAGGAAGCCUCAGGCUGGGAGUGUAUGAAAACGGUAGACUAAAAGAAGUUGCAACAAGUGAUAUCGUGCCACAAGACAUGUUACAAGAUUUAGCAAUUGACGUGAGUCCAAAGUGUAAGAACUUUAAAGGGUGCAUUGGCAAAGAUGGGUCUUUAAUUCAAACUGGAGACACUUUUGUAUAUGAAAAAGGUGAUAAUGAGGCUGGCAUUGGAAAGUUUUGUACCGCAGUACAAUUGCUUGGUGAAAACAAAGUUAAUCUCGUACUCACCACACCGCUGGAUCUAGUCCUUACCGAUGAUGGCAAUGUACUACAUGGAAAAUUUAUAUCUCCUGUUUUGGAAGAAAGUGAUAGCAAAGAACUGGUAGAUGCUGUGACCAUUCUCGAGAAAGUGAGUCUCGCUCAUUAUUGUGACGAUGAUUGUACCUUUGUGAAUGGAGACCAUCCAGUUCUUGAAGAAAGAGAGACCAUCGCAUCAGAAAGGCUAACAUACAAGCAUGACUUUUCCAAUAAAAGGUAUCUGCUCAAUAAGUUCUACUUGGGAGAAUCAUGGAAGUACAUUCCUGACUGAAAAAUAAUUCAGAAAAAAGAAACAGUACCUUUUGGAAUUAGUUUGGUUUCUGUAUCAACAUGUAUACACAAGGUGUCUUAAAAAAAUACACCUUGUUCAUUAAAUAGAAAUUCAUAUGUAUUCAAGCUAUUAAUACCACCAAGCAAGUCCGAUCCCUAAGAGGGGCAAACUCAGUGACAUUUUCAAUUUUAUGGUGUCAACAGUCCCUGGCCCCUGAUUUAUAGAAAAUUUCAUAAAAUGUCAAAUAGUUCGACCCUGGAAAGUUAAGUUCAUGUCGAAUAAAAGCAAUUUCCUGACCCUGGAACAGAAAGCCAAGGUCCCCGUGUAUGUCCCCCUCGGAUCAGGCUUAAGAUUGAUUGGUGCAUAUUGGCUCAUUCGCGAUAUAUUUUAUUUGUAUCGAGCGAGAUGUCCAAAAUUAUAAUUGUAUAUUUCAAGAAUUUUUUGUUCUAUAAAUCUUACUUUAUCAAUUUAAUA